UCGUGGACGCGCACUGGGCAGCCCCUCGGCAGUACGGCACCACCGCGGCGGCUAAGUGGCAGUGAAGGGCGGAAAGCGGACGGAGCCCCCCGAGUCCCAGCGGUCGCCAUGGCGCUGGCGGAGCUCUACACACAGUAUAACCGGGUGUGGAUCCCUGAUACAGAUGAAGUCUGGAAAUCUGCUGAGAUCACAAAGGACUUGAAGAUAGGGGACAAUGUGCUUCAUUUGCGCUUGGAAGAUGGAUCUAACUUGAAAUAUUUGAUCGAGAAAGGUCUACCUCCUCUUAGAAAUCCAGACAUUCUUGUAGGAGAAAAUGACCUCACCGCUCUCAGUUAUUUGCACGAGCCUGCUGUCCUGCACAACCUUAAAGUGCGAUUUAUGGAGUCUAAACUUAUCUACACAUACAGUGGUAUUAUUCUAGUUGCAAUAAAUCCCUAUAAAGAACUGCCCAUUUAUGGAGAUGCAAUCAUCCAUGCAUACAGUGGGCAGAAUAUGGGUGACAUGGAUCCCCAUAUAUUUGCUGUGGCAGAAGAAGCAUACAAACAAAUGGCCAGGAACAAUAGGAACCAGUCGAUCAUUGUGAGCGGAGAGUCUGGAGCUGGGAAGACAGUGUCUGCGAGGUAUGCCAUGCGUUACUUUGCCACCGUCAGUAAAUCAAGCAGCAAAGCCAAUAUGGAAGAUAGGGUGCUGGCGUCCAAUCCAAUAACUGAGGCAAUAGGAAAUGCAAAAACCACCAGAAAUGAUAACAGCAGUCGCUUUGGAAAAUAUACAGAAAUCAGUUUUGACAGAAGGUACCAGAUAAUUGGUGCAAACCUGAGAACUUACCUCCUUGAAAAAUCUAGGGUUGUAUUUCAGUCUGAAAAUGAGAGAAAUUAUCACAUAUUUUAUCAACUCUGUGCAUCUGCUUCCCAGCCUGAGUUCAAGAACUUUCACCUAAUGAGUGCAGAGAAUUUCAACUACACAAAUAUGGGCAGUUGCACAGUGAUUGAAGGAGUUGAUGACAGAAGAGAUAUGAUAGACACUCAAAAAACAUUUAAACUUCUAGGUUUCAAUAUUGACUUUCAGAUGGAUAUCUUCAAAGUUCUGGCGGCAAUCCUGCAUUUGGGAAAUGUAGAGAUCAAGCGUGUUAGUGAUGACAGGUCUUCAGUUGCUAGAAAUAACCUGCACCUUCAGAUAUUCUGUGAACUCUUAAACCUGGACACAGAAAAGGUGGCACAAUGGCUGUGCAAUAGGAAAAUCGUCACUACUGCCGACACUGUCAUCAAACCCAUGACAAAGUAUCAAUCUGAAAAUGGACGAGAUGCCCUGGCUAAAAAGAUAUACUCCCAUCUAUUUGACUAUGUGAUUGAGAAGAUAAAUAAAGCAUUGCAGUUCCCUGGGAAGAUGCAUACAUUCAUCGGGGUACUUGAUAUCUAUGGGUUUGAGACCUUUGAUAUCAAUAGUUUUGAACAGUUCUGCAUAAAUUAUGCAAAUGAGAAACUACAACAGCAAUUUAACUUGCAUGUCUUCAAGCUUGAACAAGAAGAAUACAUGAAGGAAGAUAUCCCAUGGACUCUCAUAGAUUUCUACGACAAUCAACCAGUUAUAGACCUUAUUGAGGCAAAGAUGGGCAUUUUGGAACUUCUUGAUGAAGAAUGCUUGCUACCACAGGGAACAGAUGAAAAUUGGCUUCAAAAGCUCUACAACAACUACAUCAACAAGAACCCCUUGUUUGAAAAACCAAGAAUGUCCAACAGAUCAUUUACUAUCCAGCACUUUGCCGAUAAGGUAGAAUAUAAAUGUGAAGGAUUUUUGGAGAAAAAUCGGGAUACAGUUUAUGACUCAUUGAUUGACCUGCUAAAAGCUAGUAAGUUCCAGCUUUGCGCAAAUUUUUUUAAAGAUAACACGGCACCCACAACACAUUACAGUGCAGCUAUAAAGGUGAAAUCUGCAAGGCCUGCCAUCAAGUCAGCAAACAAAGAGUUAAGAAUGACUGUGGGCAGCAAGUUCCGCAACUCUCUGUGUUUACUUAUGGAGACGCUUAACGCCACCACUCCUCAUUAUGUCCGGUGCAUAAAACCCAAUGAUGAAAAGCUCCCAUUCGAAUUUGACCCUAUAAGAGUUGUGCAGCAAUUAAGAGCUUGUGGUGUGUUGGAAACCAUCCGAAUAAGUGCUCAAAGUUACCCCUCCAGGUGGACAUACAUAGAAUUUUUUGGACGUUACAGCAUCCUGAUGACACAGCAGGAGUUGUCCAUGAAUGAUAAGAAACAGAUUUGCAAAGUUGUACUUCAGAGACUAAUCCAGGAUUCCAACCAAUAUCAGUUUGGAAGGACUAAGAUCUUUUUUAGAGCUGGGCAAGUGGCAUACUUGGAAAAAUUAAGGUCUGACAAGUUGAGAAAUGCCUGUGUUAUGAUCCAGAAGAAUAUUCGGGGUUGGGUGCAGAGGAAGAAGUUCCUGCAUGCACGAAAUGCAGCCAUUGUCAUACAGCAGUACUUCAGGGGACAAAGGGCUGUGAGACAAACAAUAAGUGCAACUGCCAUUAAACACACUUGGGCUGCUAUCAUCCUCCAGAAACACUGCAGAGGCUUCUUAGUGCGUCGCAUAUACCAGCUUAUUUUAGUAGCUACAGUCACCAUACAAGCAUUCACACGAGGUUAUCUGGCAAGAAAGAGAUACCGCAAGAUUCGAGAAGAGCACAAGGCUUUAAUACUACAGAAGUAUGCACGUGCAUGGCUGGCCCGCCGCAGGUUCCAGAACAUCCGAAGAUUUGUGGUAAACAUUCAGCUUUCCUAUAGGGUGCAGCGGCUUCAAAAGAAACUUGAAGAUCAGAACAAGGAAAACCAUGGACUUAUGGAAAGACUGACUAGUCUAGCAUCAGCUCAUUCACAUGAUGCUGAUAAACUACAUAAACUUGAAGCAGAACUGGAAAAAUCUCUCACCCAAAAGAAGUCGCAGGAGGAAAAAGGGAAGAAAUACAAGGAUGAGACUGAGCAGAAAAUGACAAAGAUUCAAGCUCAAAACACUGAACUUCUGGAGCAAAAACAGCGGUUGGAAGUCAGACUGGAGGAGAAGACCCAAGAGAUGAAGGAUAAAAUGAACGAACUCGCAAAUCAGCUGUAUUCUGAUGUGGAGAAAAAAGAAAAACAAAGAGUGAAGCUUGAAAAACAGUUUGAAAUGCAAAAAAGAGACUAUGAAAAAGAAAUAAAGCAGCUGAGGGAAGAAAUUAAGUCUCUGAAAGAAAAAAAUAAACAGAUGACGCUGCAGAUAGAAGAACAAGCAAGACUCAGCGAUGGAUUGAAACUAGAAGUGGCUCUUUUAUCUGACCAAGCAAAGAAAAUCCCAGAAUUUGAAACUCAAAUUGAAGUUCUUGAAACCCAGGUAAAGGAGACUAACCACCAGGCACAGUUGCAGAAGAAUGAAAUGCGAGAGAAGAUGUCUGAAAUGGCCAAACAGCUUUUGGACAGCUUUGAAAUUGAAGAUAUUAAAAACAGACUUGCUCAAGAAGAUCUGGGCAAUAUAAAUGAAGAUGGAGAACUUUAUUUCGCAUAUGAAGGCUUGAAAAAAGCAACUAGAAUACUAGAAAACCACUUUCAUACCCAGAAGGAAGCUUAUGUAAAAGAUAUUGAGCUGCUGAAUUUCAAAGUGAAUCAUUUCAGUGAUGAUAUAAAACAUAUCCAAAAAUCACUGAAGGAAGAGAGAGAAAGAAAUGAUGCCCUCAGACAAGAGAUUACAAGGCUGACUUCUGAGAACAAGAUAAUAACAUCGCUCAAUGCUAAGAUUUCUGAUCUUGAGAAACAAAACAUGGAUCUUCAAGGUUCCCUUUAUGAACAGAAUAUGAAAAUGCCAGACAACGGAGAAAAAAUAUUCAACCACAGAAAUAAUCACCAGGAUGAGGAAAACAUGCCUCCGAAACUGAAAAAAAGACAUACAGAACAGCUGGAAAACGAAGAGAUGGAAGGCCAGGACGACAUUAGUUUGAUAGAUCAAAAUGAAAUGUAUAUUGAGGAUUACGAAGAACAGGUAGAUAAAAAGGAUAGAAUUAUUAAAAAACUCCAAGAUCAGAUCAAAGCGCUCACAAAAACCAUGGACGCAGAAAACCAAACUAACGUGCCCAGCGUGUUUAAGGAUUACUUGGGAAUGCUGGAAUUCUCUCCAGAAGAAGAAUCUAAACUUAUUGUCAACCUAAUUCUGGAUAUUAAGCCAAGAGGCGUUGUGGUGAAUAUGAUACCAGGACUCCCAGCUCACAUCCUCUUCAUGUGUGUUAGGUACACCGAUUACAUAAAUGACUCAGACAGAAUCAAGUCUUUAAUGAAUGCCUCCAUCAAUGGCAUUAAACAGGUUAUAAAGGAACAUGCAGAUGAUUUUGAAAUGUUGUCUUUCUGGUUGUCGAAUGUCCAUCAUUUCCUCAACUGUUUGAAACAGUACAGUGGAGAAGAGGAGUUCAUGAAAUAUAAUGUGCCACUUCAGAAUAAGAACUGUCUGAAGAACUUUGAUUUAUCAGAAUACAGGCAGAUUAUCAGUGACUUGGCUAUUCGCAUCUUCCACCAGUUUAUUACUGUGAUGGAGAAUAAUAUCCAGCCAAUGAUUGUACCUGGAAUGCUGGAAUAUGAAAGUCUUCAUGGGAUAUCAGUGGCAAAGCCUACAGGAUUCCGCAAGCGGUCGUCCAGUAUAGACGAUACAGAUGCAUAUACUAUUACUUCAAUACUGCAGCAGCUGAGUUAUUUUUACACCACGAUGUGUCAGCAUGGCAUGGACCCUGAGCUUCAGAAACAGACAGUAAAGCAACUAUUCUUCCUGAUUUCCACAGUCACCCUCAAUAGUCUUUUCCUGCGCAAGGACAUGUGCUCUUGUAGGAAAGGAAUGCAGAUAAGAUGUAAUAUAAGUUAUCUGGAAGAAUGGCUGCAAGGAAAGAAUCUUCAGGGAAGUGCAGCCAAGGAAACCCUAGAACCUCUUUCUCAAGCAGCAUGGUUAUUACAGGUUAAGAAAAUCAAAGAUGAAGACGCUAAAGAAAUAUAUGAGCACUGCACCGCUCUUUCUACAGUCCAGAUUGUUAAGAUACUAAAUUCCUACACUCCUAUCGAUGAUUUUGAGAAGCGAGUAACACCCUCAUUUGUUCGUAGGGUUCAGUCCAUGCUAAGCAGUCGUGAAGGUGGACCACAGCUAAUGUUGGAUAGUAAAUACCUCUUCCAAGUGACAUUCCCAUUCAGCCCAUCUCCUCAUGCACUGGAAACCAUCCAGAUUCCCAGCAGCCUCAAGCUUGGCUUUCUUAAGAGAAUAUAAAAGGCUGCAUAAGGGGCAGGUACAGAACUUGGACGGCCCUCCCAGGAAUCUAUAUCUAGUUAAACUGCCUACUGUUCUAAACUUAGAUAUUUUGAAGUGUUGGAGUUGUAAAAUUAUCUCAUCAUUUCAAGGGUUUAAUAGUAAAGGUGAAAGGUUUUCAAUAGGUUCCAUGUGUCCUACAGGUAAGCCCUACGUUUGGUGUAUAUGCCAGGAAAUCUCUUGGUG